UCAUUAAACAUCAUUUCUUCUUCGUGAAGAAGGAAAAAUCCUAGGUUAGCUUUCUCUCUCCAUCUUAAGCUGAGCCGCACCCUCGUGAGAAACCAGCCGCCCAGUCCCUCCAUCGCCGGUGACGAUUCGCGGCGGCGCAACCUUCUACGACCGACGACUCCGGCGGAGACCCACGAACGGCAGCGAACGAGAACCCCAGCCUUUCAUCCUCGUGCGGCGGCGCGACCAUACUUCGCCAACGGCGAAGUCCUGCGGCGGUGAGAACAGGACCAGAUCUGCAACCUCGAGCUCAGAUCCCUUCCCUUUCCGACUACUUUUGGCACUCAUCCAGCCUUAACCCAAGAGGUUUCAGUAAGAAUCAGAAACCCUCUCUCAACGUCUAAUAUUCAUUCAUUCACCGCGUGAACUAUAAAGUAAACGGAAAGAAAAGUCGUGCGACGCCACCGCCUAUGGAAUCAAACAUGACGUGCGGGCUGAAAAUCGAUACGCGAUCCGAGGGAUGGCACAAAAAGAUGACCAGAAUGUUGAGGGAAAUCAAAGGAGUGUCAUACAACAUUGACGUAGAAGGAGGUAUGGCAUAUGUUUCAGGGAGAGUAGAUCCAAGCAAGCUUCUGGCCAUUAUCAUGGAUGCUGGAAAACAUGUAGAGCUCUGUUGGGUGAUGGCUGGAAAUGAAAAUAACAACAAUCUCCACUACAAUUUUGGAACAGAACCACAGCCAUCAGUGUCUCCAUAUCGUCAAGGAUACUAUUCCAAUUCCUAUUACCCUCACAAUCCAUAUGAACCAACGCCCCAUUAUUACCCUCUCCCAAAUUCUUAUCAUCCAUACCAUCACUAUUAGCCUAUUACCCACUACCCUUAUGCGCAUAAUCAUGCCACAAAUACUAUUCAACAGUCUUUUUCUUUGUGUUGGAUAUGAAUUUUGAGUUUAGGGAAAAAUAGAUUCUAAAAAUGGGCAUGGGGUUUUGGGAGCAUUUUUGUUUCGUUGUUUAUGGUUAGUACUAGUAAUUGCUUUAGACUCUACUUGCUGUGGCGUUGUAGCCGGUGAAAUUACUUACUUUGGAAGCUGAACUAUAUAUAUGUAGCUUCAAGUUUUUCUUUG